AUUCCGAGAACGCCGUCCCCGGCGUGUCUCCCCCUCGCGCCGGCGGCCGUGGUGCAGCUCAAGGCGGAAGCGGCUGCCUGAAGGAACCGGCUCCCGAACGCCGCAAUGGCUGCGGGCGCGCCCUGUGCGUUGGUCACUAGCUGCUCCUCCACCUUCUCUGGGGACCGGCUGGUCCAACAUAUCCUUGGAACAGAAGAUCUUACUGUGGAAGUGACUUCCAAUGAUGCUGUGAGAUUCUAUCCCUGGACCAUUGAUAAUAAAUACUAUUCAGCGGACAUCAAUCUAUGUGUGGUACCAAACAAAUUUCUUGUUACUGCAGAGAUUGCAGAAUCUGUCCAAGCAUUUGUGGUUUACUUUGACAGCACACAAAAAUCAGGUCUUGAUAGUGUCUCCUCAUGGCUUCCACUGGCAGAAGCAUGGUUACCUGAGGUGAUGAUCUUGGUCUGUGAUAGAGUGUCAGAAGAUGGUGUAAACCGACAAAAAGCUCAAGAAUGGUGCAUCAAACAUGGCUUUGAAUUGGUAGAACUUAGUCCAGAGGAGUUGCCUGAGGAGGAUGAUGACUUCCCAGAAUCUACAGGAGUAAAGCGAAUUGUCCAAG